CUCUCACUCACUCUCUCUCUCACUCUCUCUCUCUCUCUCUCUCUCUCUCUGUUUUGAUGCUCUCCUUCUUCCUUCGAAAUCCGAACCCUUGGAUCUCUCUCCAAAUCAAGGGUUCAUAUUCGCCGAAAUCUCCGUUCCGAUUCCCGAUAAGAUUUCCGCGUAUCGGGUAUCGGCUGUCCGCUUCUAAAACGGAGGGACGAAAGCAAUCUCAUCCCAAUUUCUCGGCAAUGGGAGUCGGUCGGAACGUAGAAGGUCCGUCCUCUCGGUUCUGGAUCAAGUUCCAGAAGCAAUCCGUCUUUGCCGCGUACACACCGUUCGUCGUGUCUUUGGCUUCUGGCAGAUUGGAAUUGGAGACUUUCCGGAAAUACAUCGCGCAGGAUGUGUAUUUCCUUAGGGCUUUCGUGCAAGCGUUAGUUGUAUGAUAUGGCGGAGGAUUGUGCAGACGAUGAUGAUGCAAAGGUGGCGAUAUGCUAUUUGAGGAAUAGGGCUUUGGAAGAGAUGAAAAUGUAUGAUUUGUCAAUGAAAGAAUGGGGCGUGGACCUUGCAAAAGAGAGCUCUCCGAACCCCGCAGCUCUUAAAAACACAGAUUUCCUGGUAGCGACCGCUUCAGGAAAGGUCGAAGGAGGAAAAGGCCCUGCCAAAAUUGCAACUCCUUUUGAGAAGACAAAACUUGCUGCUUAUACAUUAGGUGCGAUAACCCCUUGCAUGAGACUAUAUGCCUUUUUAGGUAAGGAGCUUCAGUCAUGUCUGGAUCCGGCAGAAACCAGUCACCCCUAUAAGAAGUGGAUUGACAGUUAUGCCUCUGAAAGUUUUGAGGCAGUGGCUGUGCGAACUGAGGAAGUGCUUGACAAACUAAGUAUCUCGUUGACGGGGGAGGAGCUCAAAGUCAUAGAAAGGCUUUAUCAUCAAGCUAUGAAUCUUCUGAUAGAAUUUUUGUCUGCUCAACCAAUUGUUCAUCGAACUGUAGUCCCUUUCUCAGGAAUGCAGGAGCCAGCGGAGCGGCGUCUCGUUAUAUUUUCUGAUUUUGAUUUGACGUGUACUGUUGUUGAUUCCUCUGCCAUCUUAGCAGAGAUUGCGAUAUUAACUGCACCCAAAGCAGAUCCUAGUGGACCUGAAAAUUCAAUUGCUCGAAAGUCAUCAGCUGAUCUAAGGAACUCAUGGGAUGUUCUUUCCAGGCAAUAUUCUGAGGAACAUGAACAGUGCAUAGAGGGCAUUAUGCCUAGUGAAAUAGUGGAAGCUUUUAACUACGAAGGUCUAUGUAAAGCACUUGAGCGGCUUUCUGACUUUGAAAAACGAGCAAAUUCUCGAGUCAUUGAGUCUGGAGUGUUGAAGGGCUUGAAUUUAGAGGACAUAAAACGGGCAGGAGAGCGCCUAAUACUCCAAGAUGGUUGUGUGGGUUUUUUCCAGCAGAUUGUAAAGAAGAAGGAAGUGCUUAAUGCAGAUGUCCAUGUACUUUCAUAUUGUUGGUGUGGAGAUCUCAUUAGGUCAGCUUUUUCAUCAGGUGGUUUAAAUGUUUUGAAUGUACACUCGAAUGAGUUUUCUUACGAAGAAUCUGUUUCCACGGGGGAAAUCAUGAGGAAGGUGGAGUCUCCCAUGGACAAGCUUCGGAAUUUCAAAGACAUCUUGAAGAACUGUAGUGAAGGCAGCAAGCAUUUAUCAGUUUAUAUUGGCGACUCGGUGGGUGACUUGCUUUGCCUGCUUGAAGCGAACAUGGGCAUUGUUAUUGGAUCGAGCUCAACCCUAAGGAGAGUGGGUAGUCAGUUUGGUGUCUCUUUUGUUCCCUUGUUCCCUGCUUUGGUCAAGAAACAAAAGGAAUUUGUUGAAGGGGACCCAUCUACAUGGAAGGGAUUGACUGGCACUCUUUAUACCGUCUCUAGUUGGGCAGAAAUUCAUGCCUUUAUUUUGGGGCUAUACAAUCAUCUUUGAUGAGUUUUCUUUUCCGUUCUCAUCCCUUAAUGCUUAGAAGUUAGAAUGAAGGCAGGCAUUAUCCAUGAGACCAAUAUCUUGAUGGUGGUAAAUUUUAUGAAGUGCCACCCAUAGCUCUUUCUUCUUUUCUUCAGUAUGGACUGCCAUGCAGAUGCAGAUGCAGAUGCUGGGAUUAACACAUUUGGGCAGUGAGCAGUCAAAGAGGUGGAGUUGGAUGUAAGAGAAGCUGUUUGUCUAAAUAGAUUUUGGUGGCAGCAUUCAUUAAAAAAAGAAAGGGGAUUUUGAUGUUAAGUGAAAUUCUUUAACUGGGGUUUGGAGUUUGGAAGAUGCAUACCUCUCUCUAGUUACAUGGGGUGAAUUAACGAUGCUCAUCCAGUUUCAUGUAAAGCUUCCGACUCUGCCCUUCUUUUUUUGUGUUCGAUCGGCCCUCUUAUUGGGGAUGAAUGGCUGUAACAUGUGGUUAUCAUUUCUUACUAUGUUCUCUUCCUCUUUCUUGGUUGUCCGUUUGUGGUUCGAAACCACUAUUUUCAGUAGUGGUGGAACAAUGCAUUAUGAUGUAACUCGAUAGAGGAUGUAUAUCAAAUCUGGACCAUCUAAUUUUAUGUC